AUUGGAUUAUGGUAGAAAGUUAUUCAGGAUAAUAACGUGGGAGUUGACUUGUGAAUAAUUUCAGAAAGACCUAAUGGCAGUGAAUGAGUGGGCAAUAGAACAGCAGAUGAAAAGGCUUAUGUAAAAUAAUGUUCAUAAAGAAAAAUAAAAAAAAUUGCAUAUAAAACAAUAACUCUGAACUAAUUGUAACCUCUCUGGAGUGAGACACUGAUUAUAGAAGUCCAUGCAAUUAUUAACUUAAUGCUUGGUUGUGGUGAGCAUCAGCAAUCAUAACUGUCCAUGAGUCACCAGCUUUUUGAAUACCACAGUUCUGUGCCAAACUCUUCACUCUUACCUCCAAAUCAAGGUGCCAGAAUUGGAAAUAUCUUGAGAGGGACAGCAAAGGUGGUCAGAGGUGUAGAAUAUCUUUGUACAAAAAGAGGCCCUUGGUAGAGCUGGAGUCUUCAGCCUGGCAAAGAGUUGAGGGUAGAUAUGGAUGUUUCAGGUUUGGUACCACAAGCAGCUUGGAGCAAGGGGUCUGAAACAGGAAUCACCCACUGAUUUUCCUUUCUUUACAACAGCCAGGUGUUAAAAAAGAGGCACGGAGCAGGUUGUAAGUGAAUCAAAUGAGGGAGUGUUUCUGUAACUGAGCAAUGGAACUCUUUACCAAACGAUGCAAAAUUUGUUAUGCAUUUGACAGUUGACUACAAGUAGCUGCUAAUAGAGGCUUAGGAAAUAUAAGGGCAAAAGAAACUAUACAUAAUCUUUCUCUCUGCUCUUCCUUUGACAACCAUUUUGACCUCUGGAUUGCCUAGUCCCACCCCCAGCUCACAGUAGAGCUUGCCCCAAAACUAGCUCAGAUGGCUCAGGGCCUUGUUCGGGUGAGUCCUGGCACUUACCAGGGUGGAGGCUCUCAGCUGCUCUGGGGACCUGUGGCAAGUGCUGAAAUCCCCCUUGGGGGGGAGCGUGUGUGCAGUUUUUCCUGAUACCUAACCAGAAUUUCCCUUGCUGCAAGUGAUGCCUGUUGCCUCUUGUCCUUUUGUUCUGCCCCAUAAGAAAGAGCCUGACUCAUAAUCUCUAAACCCCCACGGCUCCUUUUAGGUAGUCUCAGACAAGUGUUAAAUCCCUCCUUAAGCAUCUUGUCUUCAAGAUGAAUAAACCCAGCUUGCUCCCUGCUAUGCUGUGGGCUCUUCACUGCAUUAGUGGCAUUAUGCUGAAUCCUUUCUAGUUUCUCAGGGCCUUUUUUUCUUUGCAGCAAUCCAGAUGUGUGUCUUUUAAUUAGCUGUUUCAUUUAUCUUCUGCUGUAAAUUUGUUACUGCGCUAGCUGUGGCCUGGUUCCAUGAGGGAUUUACAAGAUGAGGUUCUAACACCUGUGUUGUACUGAAAGCCAAACAGUGUAAGAGAAGUCUCUGUGCUGAAAUCUCUUGACCUCUUAAUUAUAUUAAAAAAGUGUUUCAGUGGCUCAGUUAUAGUCUUAUUAUAUUUAGUGGCUCAUCUGUUCAUGCUGCAGCCAUCUGGGAGAGCGACCUCGAAGAUGCCAACUGAUGGCUCCUCUAUGGUGACAUUUCCCUCCCUUACUGGUAGUUUUUUAUUAGAUGGCCCAGAUCAAAGACAGCAGGGCAGCUGCAUGCAUCCACUCCUUUUCUAAAAUUAAAGCAAACAGAAGCAAAAUUCAUCCUGUAAAUUAUGUGAUAUGGAAUUUGUGUCCACAAAAAUACUGUCAAGAGAUUACACUGCACCCUGUAGCUUGUCCUUCUGGAGGAAGGAGUUACAUGGGAUAAGUGCUCUCACCCUUUCUUAUUCUGGUCUGGGCUCUUUGCUAUCUUGUUCUUUCCGUGUUCCCCUGUGUCCAGCUAAUGUACAGUUCCUCAGACAGAUUUUCUCCCUCAGUCAGUGUAGGGUGCAGGGGUGCCUAAGUUUUGGUUUUCAUCUACUUCAGCUUCAUAUUGACUUGGCAUACUCUAAUAUUCUUUCGAUAUUAUUUAUUAUUAUUUUUGAUAUUAUUUUUUGGGACUUCUCCCUGGAAGUUCCUGUCAUUUCUCCCUUAGCUAUAAGUAACACUUGUUUCCUGUUCCUGAUAGACUGAUUCUGGUGCCAUCUUUCAGGUGCAACUUCUACAACUUUGUGCAGGAGUUGCUCCCUUGAGUUGGUCCUGUGCAUUUAAAAUCUCCUUGGUUUUUAGUAUCAGUUCUAAGUCAGUACCUCUGGCUGCCUGCAGCUCACUGCACCCCUGCUCACCAUGUGCAUGAAACCAGAAGCAUUUCUAAGGAAGCUCUUGUAGGUGCCUGGGUUGCCUUUCUAGCAAUGAAGUUUAGCUUCCCACUCGUCUCUCCUGUACUUCCCUUUGUUGCUGGUUUCUGUCUUGACCAUGAGUUUUUGUCUAGGUCUUAGCUAGCAGCCUGUUCAUCUUUUUGCAGGAUUUCCCAGUCUGGUGGUGUGUGGGGAAGUCUACAGCUGCUACUACUUGAAAUGAGUGAGGCUCUUGCUGUUGCUGCUGCCCACACCACACAGGAUAGCUGAGAUGGCCCUAGGGAAAAGUCAGGCUUCUUUCCCAGUUGGAUUGCACUCUUAGGCCACUGUUUAGCUCCCAUUCUUUCACCAGACCUGCAGACCUUGAAGCCAGUGUUGUAGGCAGGGCAGUCACGGGCCACAGCUGGAAGCAGCUAGGUGGCUGGAAUGGUUUUCCUUCUUCUUGUACCUGGUUGUCCAGAUUGUCAGCUUUGGCCUCAGUAUGGGGUGCUGGGAUUUUGAAGGUCCUUGGCUCAGCUCCCUCAGUGCUAUGUGGGCUCUCUGUAGGUAGUAGCUGUUUGUCCUGGUCUCUGCCUGCCUUCCUGGGCAGCUUCACCACCUCUCCCAACCUCCCCAUCCCUUUUGAGCUAUCACUGCCUGUGUCAGCCCCAUGCCAUGGCAGGCUGGUUUCAGGCAGGCACAGCUGUGCUCAGAGCACUAGCCUGGACCUUGAAGUCUGCAGCUCUGGGUUCACACAGAUUCCCCCUUGUGCGUGUGCAGAGCAUGUAGGACAUUUGGGACCAUUUAUGUUGCUCAUUGGCCUUUUGGAGGAAAAGGGGAACAGAGGACGUGCAGAACUGAGUUUUGUGAACACAGCCAGAACCCAAGAGGCAUGCAAAGAGUCAGCCCUUGUGUGCUAAGGACAUAGACCCAAAAAUAAUAGGGGCUAUGGGGAGGAAAGACACAAAAGGAGAAGCAGAAGUGUAUGCAAAGCAGCCUGGUGCUGUGGAGUGGAUGGUUCAGAGCGCUUCCUGUUCCUGGAGCCGCGCGCGCCCCGCUGUGUACGGGCUCGCGCCUGCCCGUGCCCAGCAGCACUGCACGGCGGGCAGAGAUCAAGGCACCUCUCCAGGAGAAGGUGGAAGGGGAGAGUCUGAAUGGACUGAUAGCAGGCUCCAGGAGAGAUACAUGGCCAGCUCCCAAGAGGCGCAGGAACAGUUUGGUGUUGGGUGCCCCAGCACAGACCUCCGACUUCCCUUUUCUUUCCAGCGCAAACUGAUUUUUCAUCUGUGUUUUUUGGGUUGCUUUGGUGGCAGCUGCUUGGCCGCCUCUUCUUUCUCCCUCCACAAUGGUGAGGUGGUUCCACCGUGACCUGAGUGGGCUGGAAGCUGAAGCCUUACUGAAGGGACGUGGUGUCCAUGGGAGCUUCCUGGCCAGACCCAGUCGGAGGAAUCAGGGGGAUUUUUCUCUUUCAGUCCGGGUUGGUGAUCAGGUAACCCACAUCCGCAUCCAGAAUACUGGGGAUUUCUAUGAUCUAUAUGGAGGGGAGAAGUUUGCCACCUUGUCAGAACUGGUGGAAUACUACACACAGCAACAGGGCUCGCUGCAGGACAAAGAUGGCACCAUCAUCGACUUGCGAUAUCCGCUCAACUGUUCUGACCCCACAACUGAGAGGUGGUACCAUGGGCAUCUGUCAGGCCCUGCAGCUGAGUCACUGCUCCAGGCCAAAGCUAUCCCUUGGACCUUCUUGGUGCGGGAGAGCCUCAGCAAACCUGGGGACUUUGUCUUGUCUGUCCUCACUGACCAGCCUAAACCCGGGUCUGACGCUCCAGCUGGGGCAACCGGCACCUCUGGGACCCGGCUCAAAGUCACACACAUCAAGAUCAUGUGUGAGAAUGGACGCUACACAGUUGGAGGUACUGAGAUGUUUGACAGCUUGGCAGAUCUGGUGGAGCACUUCAAGAAGGUUGGAAUUGAGGAGAUGUCUGGUUCCUUUGUGUACCUGAAGCAGCCCUACUAUGCUACGAGGGUGAAUGCUGCUGACAUUGAGAACAGAGUGCAGGAGCUGAACAAGAAGACAAGUCUGUCCGAGGAGACAUCCAAGGCUGGAUUCUGGGAGGAAUUUGAUAGCCUGCAAAAACAGGAAGCCAAGCACCUGUUUGACCGUCAUGAGGGCCAGAGACCUGAAAAUAAGAGCAAGAACCGAUACAAGAACAUAUUGCCCUUUGAUCACUCCAGAGUCAUCCUCCAGGGAAGGGACCCAAAUAUACCUGGAUCUGACUACAUCAAUGCCAACUAUGUCAAGAACACCCUGAUCAGCCCAGACGAGUGCACCAAGACCUACAUCGCCAGCCAGGGCUGCCUGGAUGCCACAGUCAAUGACUUGUGGCAAAUGGUGUGGCAGGAGAACACGCGCAUUAUUGUGAUGACAACACGGGAGGUAGAAAAAGGCCGGAACAAAUGUGUGCCUUACUGGCCAGAGCCGGGCAGCACGAAGGAGUACGGGCCCUACCUUGUGCAGAACACUGGGGAGCAUGAUGCACUGGAGUACAAACUCCGGCACCUCUGCGUGUGCCCCAAGGAUAAUAGCAAGGCUGUGCGUGAGAUCUGGCACUACCAAUACCUGAGCUGGCCUGACCAUGGGGUACCCAGUGAGCCGGGAGGAGUCCUCAGCUUCCUCGACCAGAUAAACCAGAAGCAGGAGAGCAUCCCCAACGCAGGACCUAUUCUGGUACACUGCAGUGCUGGGAUUGGCCGCACUGGGACUAUCAUCGUCAUUGAUAUGAUAGUGGAAACAAUCUCCACCAAGGGGUUGGACUGUGACAUUGACAUCCAGAAGACCAUCCAGAUGGUGAGGGCCCAGCGAUCUGGGAUGGUGCAGACAGAGGCCCAGUACAAGUUCAUCUACAUGGCUAUCUGCCAGUUCAUUGAGACAACCAAGAAAAAGCUGGAAGUUAUCCAGUCUCAGAAAGGCAAGCCAAACGAGUGUGAGUAUGGGAAUAUCGCCUACCCCCCUGCAGUGAGGAAUGCGCACCCCAAGGUUUCACGAAAACCCUCCAAGCAGAAAGAGGAGUCAACAGUCUAUGAGAACUUGGGGAAAAAGGAGGAGAAGGUGCGGAAGCAACGCUCCUCAGAGAAGAAGCUGAAAGGCUCGCUAAAGAAAAAAUAAUCAGUGCAGCUAGCCCCAUGAGGCUACAGGACUGGAGCUCACAUCCCAGCUGGCCUGUCUCACAUUCCUUGCUCUUGGACUGGAAUGAAGCCUUCCCCUUCUCUUCCAAGCCAGCUUUCAGUGCUGUGAAGCACUGCCGCUUCCCAGCUCAGCUGAGGCCAUGGUUCCUUGCCUGUGCAGGCGAGCAGUCUCUUGCUGCCCCCUCAUCAUCCACUAGCAGGAAAAGGUCAAACCCCUCCUCUUCUUGUCCCUGAGCACCAGGACCCCAACUCACCUUUGCUGUGUCAGCUUUAGUGGAAUUCUCAGGGAAGAGCUAAGGAAGGUCAGCCCAGGAGCUACAUCUCUGCCCACUGCUGUGAGUUAAGAGUAUAGCCUGUUUGUGUUCCCUGAAGCCUCAGCUUUUCAAGUAUGGAGGUUUUGGCCUGUUUCAGCUUAGCUCCUCUGCAAUUCAACAGGAGACUUCCUCUUUCCUUAAUACCACCAGCCUUCUGCCCCUCUUACCCUUUUGCUAUCUCAUCCCUCACCUGGAUGCUGUAAAUAUACCAGAAUUUGAUGUGAUGGCUGUUUUCUUCUUUGUUUGUAAAUAAACUUGUAUUUGUUUGACUA